AUGGGAGAAGCUUCUCAAACAAGCAGUCCCACACCUGAUGUGUCCUAUGGACCCGAACAGACCACAGACGGAAGUGCCCAGUUUGGACAGGGCUCUGGGUCCAUUGUUCUGGAUGACGUGGCCUUUACAGAACAUGAGGCCUAUCUGUGGAGCUGCUCCCACCGAGGCUGGCUCUCUCAUAACUGUGGCCACCAUGAGGAUGCUGGAGUCAUCUGUUCAGAUAUGUGGCUUACUACCACCCCAGAAACUACAACAGAAUACACCUGUGGAGGUUUACUGACCCUACCGUCUGGGCAGUUUUCCAGCCCAUACUACCCUGGGAGCUAUCCUAACAACGCUAGAUGUUUGUGGAAAAUUUUUGUCUCCAGCAUGAACCGUGUGACAGUGGUCUUCACAGAUGUGCAGCUUGAAGGAGGUUGCAACUUUGACUACAUCCUGGUUUUUGAUAGCCCUGAAUACAAUUCUUCUCUCAUUGCUCGGGUUUGUCAUGGGUUCAAUGGAUCUUUCACCUCGACCCAGAACUUCAUGUCUGUAGUCUUCAUCACAAAUGGCAGUGUCACGAGGAGAGGUUUCCAAGCUGACUACUACUCUACUCCUAUCAGCACCAGCACAAGCAGAUAUGCAGUGUAUUCUGGGGUUCAUCUGCAUUUCCUCUCUUUCCUGACAGUAAACUAUACUUGUGGAGGUUUCCUGACGGAAUUCUCUGGGCAAUUUUCUAGCCCAUUCUACCCUGGGAGCUAUCCUAAUAAUGCCAGAUGUUUGUGGAACAUUGAAGUUCCAAACAACUACCGCGUGACUGUGGUCUUCAGAGAUGUGCAGUUGGAAGGGGGCUGCAACUAUGACUAUAUAGAGAUUUUUGAUGGCCCCCACCACAGUUCACCUCUCAUUGCCCGGGUUUGUGAUGGGGCCAUGGGCCCUUUCACUUCAACAUCCAACUUCAUGUCAAUUCGCUUCACCACUAAUCACAGUGUUACUCGAAGAGGGUUCCAGGCUGACUACUACUCAGACUUUGACAAUAAUACCACCAAUCUCCUUUGUCUGUCAAAUCACAUGCGAGCCAGUGUGAGCAGGAGCUACCUUCAGUCCAUGGGCUACUCCUCCAGGGAUCUUGUCAUUCCUGGUUGGAACGUGAGUUACCAGUGUCAGCCUCAGAUAACACAAAGGGAGGUCAUAUUCACAAUUCCCUACACAGGCUGCGGUACUACCAAACAGGCUGACAACGAGACCAUCAACUACUCCAACUUCCUCAAAGUGGCUGUUUCAAAUGGCAUCAUCGAGAGGAGAAAGGAUCUCCACAUCCAUGUCAGCUGCAAGAUGCUUCAGAACACCUGGGUCAACACCAUGUACAUCACCAACAACACAGUCGAGAUCCAGGAAGUCCAGUAUGGCAAUUUUGACGUGAAUAUUUCCUUUUAUACAUCCUCCUCCUUCUUGUAUCCAGUGACCAGCAGCCCAUAUUAUGUGGAUCUGGACCAGAAUUUGUAUCUUCAGGCCGAAGUCCUCCAUUCGGAUACCUCUUUGGCUCUGUUUGUGGACACCUGUGUGGCUUCGCCACAUCCCAAUGACUUCUCGUCUUUGACAUAUGAUCUCAUCAGGAGUGGAUGCAUACGAGAUGAAACCUACCAAUCUUACUCCUCGCCCUCACGACGCAUCACCCGCUUUAAAUUCAGUUCUUUCCACUUCCUGAACCGCUUCCCCUCAGUGUACCUACAGUGUAAACUGGUGGUUUGUCGAGCAUACGAUGUCUCCUCACGGUGCUACAGAGGAUGUGUAGUAAGGUCCAAGAGGGAUGUAGGCUCCUACCAAGAAAAGGUGGAUGUUGUUCUGGGACCCAUCCAGUUGCAAUCUCCCAGCAAAGAAAAGAGGAGUCUCGACUUGGCAGUGGCGGAUGUGGAGAAGCCAGCCAGCUCCCAGGAGGUCUAUCCCACUGCAGCCAUCUUUGGCGGAGUCUUCCUGGCCCUGGUUGUAGGUGUGGCAGCCUUCACACUGGGAAGGAAGACACGCACUGCCCGUGGCCAACCUCCAAGUACUAAGAUGUGAAGCAAAACAACCCAG